GAAUUGGAUUUGAUUUAUAAAGUAAAGCAUCUGCUGAUUAAAUUAAAUUUUUUGAAUAUAUCCCUUCCAUAGCCACCAUAGGUCACUUGUUGCAGACGGGUGAUCGAGCUCAUUAACAAUGGCGGAACCAAAGACCAAAUACGAUCGUCAACUCAGGAUCUGGGGUGAGCAAGGGCAAGCUGCACUUGAGAAAGCUAGUAUAUGCUUGCUUAAUUGUGGACCCACUGGUUCCGAGACACUCAAAAACCUUGUUCUUGGUGGUAUUGGAAGUAUUACUGUUGUUGACGGUUCUAAAGUUGAACAUGGAGACCUUGGAAAUAAUUUUAUGGUCAGUGAGUCAAGUCUUGGCCAGCCAAAGGCAAAAUGCGUUUGUGCUUUUCUUCAGGAACUUAAUGAUGCUGUUAAAGCCAAAUUUAUCGAAGAACAUCCAGUCACUUUAAUUGAGACAAACCCUUCAUUUUUUUCUCAGUUUACCUUGGUUGUAGCCACUCAGCUGGUUGAAGAUUCUAUGGUGAAGUUGGACCGCAUUUGUCGCGAUGCAAAUGUUAUGUUAAUAUUUGCACGCUCAUAUGGCCUCACCGGGUUUGUUCGAAUCAGUGUGAAGGAACAUGCAGUGAUAGAGUCAAAGCCUGAUCAUUUUCUGGAUGAUCUCCGGUUAAAUAAUCCAUGGCCUGAACUUAAAAAGUUUACUGAGAACGUCGACUUAGAUACAUCUGAUCCUGUAGUCCAUAAACAUAUCCCAUACAUUUUAAUUCUUGUGAAGACAGCGGAGGAGUGGGCCAAAAGUCAUGGUGGAAGGCUGCCGUCGACUAGGGAAGAGAAAAAAGAAUUCAAGGAAGUAAUAAAAGCAAAAAUGGUUGCAACAGAUGAAGACAAUUUUAAAGAAGCUAUUGAGGCCUCAUUCAAAGUUUUUGCUUCACAGGGAAUCAGUUCAGAUUUGAAACGUAUACUUGAUGAUACGUGUGCUGAAGUCGAUUCUGGUGCAUCUGAUUUUUGGGUGAUGGUGGCAGCAUUAAAGGAGUUCAUUGCUAAUGAAGGUGGUGGGGAGGCCCCACUUGAGGGAUCGAUACCAGAUAUGACAUCUUCUACUGAGUUAUAUGUAAACCUGCAAAAGCUCUAUCAGGCUAAAGCUGAAGCUGAUUUUCUUGUGGUGGAGCAACGUGUUAGAAAUAUCCUGAAAAAAAUAGGUCGAGAUCCAUAUAGCAUCUCCAAAACAGUCAUAAAAAGCUUCUGCAAAAAUGCAAGAAAACUCACUGUAUGCAGAUAUAAACUCAUUGAGGAAGAGUUUAAUUCUCCAGUUUUACCAGAGUUGCAAAAAUAUCUGACUGACGAGGAAUACAGUGUUGCUGUGGGAUUUUAUAUUUUGCUUCGAGCUGUUGAUCGAUUCUCGGCUAACUAUAAUACUUUCCCUGGGCAGUUUGACGGAGGGAUGGAUGAGGAUAUAUCUAGAUUAAAAACUACAGCAGUUAGUCUUCUUAGUGAUUUGGGGUGCAAUGGGUCCACUUUGACAGAAGAUCUCAUUAAUGAAAUGUGUCGUUAUGGUGCUGCCGAGUUGCAUGCGGUUGCAGCUUAUAUUGGUGGAGUUGCAUCACAGGAAGUUAUAAAGCUUAUUACAAGGCAAUUUGUGCCUAUGAGUGGAACUUUCAUCUUCAAUGGCAUUGAUCACAAAUCUCAAUUGUUGUCAUUAUAAUCUUCAAAACACCAGAAUGCAGGGUUGAAGUUCCACUUGACAAUUGUGAUAUGGAACUGUAUACUUUGACAUGAUACAUGCAAGCAAAUGAGAAGAUUUGGAGGUUAGAUAGGAAGAGGGAGGAUGUUGUCAACAUUAAACCUUGAAUUAUGAAUGGUGUUUUGAGAGUACGCAUGGUUUGGAACCAUUAUGAUUGUGCCUUGUGCAAUAUUAGUUAAUUACUUAGAUCCCUUGCAUUUUUUCUUUA